GCGGUUGAUAUUGUCAACAGAGAUGGCGCUGCGCGGAAGAUGUCUGCGUUUCAACCAGCUACUCAGCAGCCGUCAUUUCUCCAAAUUCACCUCAUGUGUUGGUGUCCGGUCGUUGUCUGAAAAUGUGUCAUCCAAACCCGUAACGUCCAAUGUCCCAGAAACCACGGGUGACCAUUUAAUCUACACACAAGAGCACUUUGCAUUAAAGGAAUCUCUCAGAAAGAUCAUUGACCAGGAGAUCAACCCCUAUGUGGAUCAGUGGGAGGCAGAAGGGAAGUUUCCAGCCCAUAAAAUCUUCAAGAUCUUAGGAAGUGCCGGCUUUCUAGGUGUCAACAAACCAGUUGAGGAUGGAGGCUUGGGUCUUGACUUCAGCUACAGCGUUGCGGUUGCAGAGGAGCUGGGCAACAUUCACUGUGGAGGCAUCCCCAUGGCCAUCGGUGUACAGUCUGACAUGGCUACUCCUGCACUGGCCAGGUUUGGUUCAGCUGAGCUAAAGAAAGAAUUCCUCAUUCCCUCUAUCAUGGGGGACAAAGUGGCCUGUCUCGGAGUUAGUGAAGUCGGAGCCGGCUCUGACGUCUCAAGUAUCAUGACCAAGGCAGUGAGGAAAGGGGAUGAAUAUGUAAUCAGCGGGGGGAAGAUGUGGACCACUAACGGUACCCAGGCUGACUGGAUGUGUCUCCUCGCAAACACCAGUGAUGGGCCCCCACACAGGAACAAAUCUCUCAUCUGUUUGCCCAUGAACUUACCAGGAGUACACAUCGCGCGCAAGAUUGAUAAACUAGGCAUGUGGUCAUCAGACACUGCUCAAGUGUUCUUCGAUGAAGUCCGCGUGCCCUGCAAGAACGUCAUCGGCCAGGAAGGCAUGGGAUUCACCUAUCAGAUGCUGCAGUUCCAGGAAGAGAGGCUCUGGGCUGUGGCCAAUGUCUUGACAUCGAUGGACAACAUCAUUCAGGAGACCAUCCAGUACACGCGGCAGAGGAAGAUCUUCAAGCAGCCCGUCCUCUACCACCAGACGGUUCACUUCAGGCUGGCUGAGCUGCAGACGGAGGUCGAGCUUCUCCGCUCCCUCCUCCACCGUGCUACAGCUUUGUACAUUAAAGGCAAUGAUGUCACCAAGCUGGCAUCCAUGGCUAAACUCAAGGGGGGGCGCCUGGUCAGGGAAGUGUGUGACAGCUGUCUCCAGUAUUGGGGAGGAAUGGGCUUCACCAGUGACGUGCUGGUCAGCAGACUUUACAGGGAUACCAGGUUAAUGUCGAUUGGUGGGGGCGCUGAUGAAGUCAUGCUGGGAAUCAUCUGCAAGUACAUGGACACACUACCCAGGAAGUGAUGUCACAACACGGCUGAUUAGGUGCUAAUCACUCAAAACGAAUUUCUGAACACAGAUCACCUAAGUGCAGUUCUGAUAUGUUUAAAGUCUUUAGCAAGCUCGACUGAUUUGCAUUUUGCCUUUGAUUGUUGUAAUUAUACAAUAUGUGGUCAGAAAGAAUAACGAAGGUCCUGUUUUGUUUUUAAUGACCUUAUAAAUGUGAAUAACCUAUAGCUGAAUUUCAUUGUGCAAUUUGUAAUUAACUGAUUUAAACAUUGAUCAUCCUUUGAAGACUAUUUUUUCUAGAAUAGACUAAGCAAAAUAAUGUGUCACUGACAAAUUUAUAAAAUCAUGUAAAAUACCUGUUUCAGCACAUUCUCUGUGUAUAAGCAGGACACACUCGUACUGGUCAAUUAGAGCAUAAAAUUUGUUUAUUUACAUAAAAAAACAUUUUUUACAACAAAGUUUAAACAAUAAUGAAGAACACUGCUAAUAUUGUUCUGUACGGAUGCCAAAUGCUGUAAUGUAUCCAUUCAUUCUUCAAAGCAAAUACUCUAGAUCAUUAGUUUCAGGUAUCAUUCUAUAACUUAAUUACUUUUAACACAACUUGAGCUGUAUUGACAGAUUUGCCAUUUCAUCACUGUUUAUCAUACAAUACACUGCAUUAAAGUUUUACGAUACAUUA